AUGGAAGAAGAAGCUUCUUCUUCAAACUUUGCGGGCCUCUGCCCCGAUAGUGUGCCGGCCCUACCGAAAACUUUGCUGGCCCGCGAACUGAACCGUGGCAGGAUUACGGCCCACCGGCUCCGCCACAUUCUGAAUGAUGAUCGAACCAGCUGGGCCGAUUCAAUAUUGCCUGCUCAAGGCCUUGUCAAUGAAAUCUUGGACUCAUUUACUCGUUCCAUUUCAAUCCUCUGUGAAUCCGAAGAGGUUGGAGCUGCUGGCCGGAUUAUCGAAGAGUAUUCCGAGAGUAAAAAGCCUCCCGCUGCCCGGAAAGAAAAGAGAGGCUGCUACAAGAGAAGGAAGAGUUCUGACACGUGGAUAAAAGAGUCGGCUACUCUGUUUGACGAUGGGCAUGCGUGGAGAAAAUACGGACAAAAGGUCAUCCUUAACGCCAAGCAUCCGAGAAACUACUUUAGGUGCACGCAUAAGUUCGACCAAGGCUGCCGAGCAUCGAAACAAGUCCAAAAGAUCCAAGAUGACCCGCCCCUUUACCGGACCACUUAUCAAGACCAACACACUUGUACAUAUAUUGCAUUCAAGCUUUCCUCUGAACAAGAUUCUUCCAUUAUCUGGAAUUUCGGGCCGGGCCAGACUGAACAGGAGUACAGUAGAGAAGACAACAGAGUUAUUACCGAAUCGCCGAUUUACGAUCCGGGUUAUCUUGAUGGGAAUGUGUUUUCUCCUGAUGUAUAUUCUUGCUCUGCAAGCACUCACAGUAUGGAGAUGGAUUUGGAUAUGUAUGUUAUUGAUGAUUUUCUUGAUUUUUCGUGA